AUGUCUUCAACUGGUUCCGGUCCUUCACCACCCAAUGCCCAUGGCGCGGCUCCAUCCCCAAACCAGACCAAGCUGAUCGACUUCUGUCGUACCCACGGCUAUCGCGCCCCCAACUUUCAGGUCGUCUCCGACCGUCGUGGCGGUCGCACAGCCUGGAGCUGCAUGGUCACGAUCCAAGGCACCCAGAUCCCCGCUCGAUUCUGGUACGAUGGCCAGUACGUCAACAACGCCAAAGAGGACGCCGCCGAGAAGGCCCUCCAGAUGCUCGGCGUCGUCCCAUCGCCUCCAGGUCCUCAGGUCCGCCAGCCUCAGCCUGGCCAGAUGUACGGCGCCGUCAAUAGCCAGUAG